GUGCAUGUAUGUAUUAUGUGUGUAUAUAUUUAUACACGCCUUAUUACAUACAUAUUCUCUCUUACACACACCCCACUCACACACAGUCUUUAUGCUAUCUAUAGUUAAUCACGUGCGCGCGCGCGCGCGAAAUGGAAAUCGCGUGUGGGAAUGGUGUCACGCCUAAUUGUUGACGGACAGUGCGGGCCGUCACAUGGGUGUAUCGUGUCAAAGCAUGUGUGUAGGAUGGUUUAAAAAUGGCUGAAUUCGUAAUGUGACAUACGUGCCUUCGUGUACGUGUGGAUUCUGAUACGUGUGCUGCAACUACAUCGAACCACACUUGUCACGAAGGAGCCGCAUUGUCGUCGCGUGAUUUCCACUACGCUCACGUCGACGUUUGACGAUGUUAUCGCAAGUUAUCGAGUCACAUGCGUGAUAAUUAUGAACCAGGGUCUCGAUCGUUAUAACGCGUGAAUCGUAUAAUGACCCGUAUAACGUGUGGAUCAUUGUAAAAUGCUUCUACGAAGUAUCUAUGCUUACACGAACUCUGUAUAACUCGUGUGUUUCUAACUAAUUAUAAGGAUGAUUAUUUUCCUAGAAGAAUGUGCGAUUGACGUCAGCGUCACAAUGGACAUUUUGACACAUUUUAAUUAAUUAGGCUACGCUAGGUUAUGUUAGGAGAUCAAACUUUUUUUGUAAAGUUGUAUCAACAGUAGAUCACAGAUGACUACAAUGAACGGGAAGAGGCCUUCCUCGAUACCUUCUAGACAUCAGCCAGAGACAUUGGCGCAACACUUUGACCUGAUUAAGUAUAUUUACGAUUCAUGGAAUUCCGUAUCUAGAGAAUUAGAUAUGUGUCACAAUCAACCACACAGUAAUUCUUCCAAUUGUAGAAAUGGAGCAUCAGUUACAUAUUAUCAAGAACGUGAGCCAAAUCCACAGUUGAAAGAUUUUGAGCCAUUUAAUUUGGAGGCAUGGUGGGGACAACGUGUUGUGCAAAGUAUUACUAGGAAUGCAAAUUCCUAGUGCCAGGCCCAACAUGUUGAUUAUAAUCGGACAUUUUCAAACAGACACAAGAAACAAAAAAGAUAAAUUAAGAGUUAAAAAAUUCAGUACUUUUUUUUUUUUUUUAAUUAGUCAUACAUUUAAAAUUACUGAUACUCUAGAGGUGGGAUUUAAGUACACAGAUUAUAGCACAUGGGAAAACAUAAGUAGUAAGACUUAAACUUUAAAUCACUCGACAAUUAAAAAAGUAGAAAAUUUAUAAAAUGUAAUCUUAUAUUUUCAAGACUUUCACACUACGAUUGAUUGAUUUAGAUUUUAUUGCUUACAUUUUUAUGCAAUAAAUGAAAGACAAUGGACAGAAAUUGCAUUUAAAUCUCAGCUCUGUUUUAAAUAUAUGAUGUAUCUAUCUAAAUGACGAUUUUUUAAAUAUUUUAACAAAGAAAAAAGACCUUAAAAGAAAGAUUGUAAUAUGACAUAAAUGUGAAGGAGGAAAUGUACUAAUUAUUUAAUGCAAAUAGUGAAGGCAAAGUUUUGAUGACAGAAACAUAGACAUUGCUGUAUGAAAACAUUCCUCUUAUGUCGAUUAUAUUUUACUGAGAUAUAUUAAAUUUUCUUUAAUCUUUUUAAAGAUAUACAUAAGAACAUCAGAAAGAAACAUUCUCUUGUUUUUAUUUUUACCGACAUUGUAAAAUUGGAGAUAGAUUUUAUAAUUAAGAAAAUUAUGUCAAAUUAUUUAUUUUAGUCAUAACACAUAUACAUAUGCAUAACACUUUAUAUAUACAAUUAUGUAUAACAAUAUUUAUAUAAAUUAUAUAAAUUUUAUAUACAAUUAUAUAAAAUUUAUAUAUAAUAUAAAUUUAUAAGAUAAUGAUACUCUCUGUAUUUCCACGUUAUUUAAAGAGAAACUAAAAAUAAUUACAUGUUUUUUUAUCUCCUUGCAAUGUUGGGCGAAAUAAAUUUGCUGCUCAACAGUGCACAAAGCAUUUACAGAGUGCUCAAGCUUGUUUGAUAAAAAUUUCAUAGAUAAAUUUUAGAAAUUGUACUCUAGGAUAUACUCGUAAAUGUAUACUUUUUCACAUGUUACAUUUCACAUUUCCAAGAUUUUUCACUUUCACGUCCAUAAAAUGACUGCACUUUAGCUAAUACAUAAAUUAUAAAAUAAAAGCGUUUUCUAUUUGUCGAAGGAGGUUUUAUUAACGUACAGAAUAGACACUGCACUUGAAAUUAAUUACAAUGUGAAAUAGAGCAUAAUGGUUAAUGCGAUUUUAAAUAUACAAUACAAUAUGUAUUCUUAUUAUUGUAUAUGUAUGUACAUCUAUGCGUGUAUAGUUACUACUAUGUAAAUUUAAUCAGAUAAUGUUUCUAACGACAGAACAAUAAUGAGCAAUGUCUUUCUACACA